AUGGUUUCCUGGGCUGUCACCGGCGCGACAAGAGGCAUUGGCUUCGGGUUCAUCGAUAAUCUUUCUGCCGAUCCGAAGAACCAAGUGUUUGCCCUCAUUCGAAGUCGAGCCACUGCCAGUCCGCUUGAGGCGCUUGCUGCGAAGCGUAAAAACAUUCAUAUCAUCGUGACCGAUAUCUCCGACCCUCGAAAACUGGACGAUGCUGCCGCUCAAGUCUCCAAAUUGACAGGUGGUUCGCUAGAUAGCUUGAUCCUCAACGCUGGUUCUGCAGUACCAGAGACUGGCUUCAUAACGCCAACUGGUUUUCGUGGCAAGGAGGAAGCGCUGGACAAGGAGAUCAAUGAAAACGUCAAAAACAACCUGAUCUGCAACAUCUACGUGAUCAACUGCUUCCUUGAUCUUGUUCGUAACGGCAAAGAGAAGAAGAUCAUAUUCAUUUCCACCCAAAGUUGCGAUGUUGAGUUCACUCGAAUCACUGGAUUUGCUCCCGUAAUGGGGUAUUCUGUCGCUAAGGCUGGCAUGAACAUUGUCAUGACCAAGUUCGGAGCUGAAUUGGCCCCAGAGGGCAUCAAGACACUGUCUCUGAGUCCGGGAUGGGUAGACACUGAUGCCUCCCGGGCCAUCACAGGCGACCCGGAAACACGCAAAUUUGCGCUAAACGCAUUCCGCAAGUUCGAUCCAAACGUGACUGGACCGAUUUCGGUCGAUGAAUCAGUCACUUUCCGGAAGCUGAACGGACCUAUCUUGACAGAAUAUUAG